GAGGAAUUCCAGGAUCUCACAGACGUAUCCAAAGGUGACAGAGCUGGGAUUUAAAGGUCUCAGACUGUGACAGAGUGGUUCAGGCAGCAUCGGUCAGCAAUUUAACACAUCGAUUGACCGAAACAGUCCAGACCUUUAAGAAUCCUCGUGGGCUGGAGGAGAUUUCACCCAGUGGUCUGUCCUUCUCUGAUCACCAGAGGAGGAUUUUAAACAAAAUACAGUUGAAAUACAUUUCCUGGCACUAUAUAUAAAGAUACCUAGUGAUGGAGCUGAUGGAUGCCAGCCUCUGUCAGGUGAUCCACAUGGACCUGGACCAUGAGAGGAUGUCCUACCUGCUCUACCAGAUUCUCUGUGGCAUCAGACACUUGCACUCUGCUGGCAUUAUUCACAGGGACCUGAAGCCCAGUAACAUCGUGGUAAAGUCGGACUGCACCCUUAAGAUCUUGGAUUUCGGCCUGGCCCGAACAGCUUGCACUAACUUCAUGAUGACUCCAUACGUGGUGACCAGAUACUACAGAGCCCCAGAGGUCAUCCUGGGCAUGAAGUACAAGGAGAACGUGGACAUCUGGUCGGUGGGUUGCAUCAUGGGAGAGAUGGUCAAAGGCAGCGUGAUCUUCCAGGGCACUGACCACAUUGACCAGUGGAAUAAGGUGAUUGAGGUUCUGGGCACACCCAGUCUGGACUUCAUGAACCGACUAAUGGAGACUGUAAGGAACUACGUGAUGAACAAACCACAGUAUCCUGGCGUGAGCUUCGCUGAGCUUUUCCCAGACUGGGCCUUUCCAUCUGACUCAGAGCACGACAAGCUGAAGACGAGUCAAGCGCGGGACCUGCUGUCCAAAAUGCUGGUUAUUGAUCCUGAGAGUCGCAUCUCGGUUGAAGAAGCCCUCAACCACCCCUACAUUCACGUGUGGUACGACCCUGCAGAAGCUGACGCGCCACCUCCCCAGAUUUCAGACAAGCAGCUGGAAGAGAGAGAGCACACCAUUGAGCAAUGGAAAGAACUUAUUUAUGAAGAGGUGAUUGACUGGGAAGAAAGAAACAAGAACGGCCUGAUGAAAGAAGAUUGCUCUGAUGCUGUGUCAGGCUCCGCCUCCCAGUCCUCGUCAGCCAACGACAUUUCGUCCAUGUCCACGGAGCAGACCCUGGCCUCGGACACAGACAGCAGCAGCAUCGACACACUGACAGGACCGCUGGACGAGAGUCAGUGAACUCGGCUUCGUCUGCCUGCUCGGCAGCCUCGCCUUCCGACACCCACAUAUCAUCCUCAUCAUCAUCAUCGUCACCUUUCUGACUUUUCUCUUAACUUCCUCCUUCCUUCCUGUUAUGAUUUGUCUUUCUUUCCCCCGUUUUACAUCAACAAGUAGGUAUUUUUCUAUUUUCUUUCCGUGUAUCAUCCGGUAACUUUCAUGUUGAAGAGACUCCAUCUUCUGACUUUGUUUUGGACAACCGCUGAGAAUCAAAGCUUCGUAUGCUUCUCUACUCUUUGUGGAUAUUGUUCAACCUGAUAUUAGUAUAUUGACAUUUGCACCAUGUGGAUCUUCAGGUUACCAGGAGAAGGCGGAGGAUCUCUGUUUGUUUCUGUUUGCCUGUAUUUGGCAGUUGUAUUUUUUUUUAUGCAAAUAAGUUGAGGCCAGAGUUUGCCGUCAUCAAACUACUGCAGACACUAAUGAACUCGCACCACAGCCAUCAUGCAUGUUACACCGAUACGAACAAAAACUUCCCAUAAAACCAACCACACUGACGUCUGGUGUACGUGUAACGAUCAAACGCUGAUCCGAAGUCUGAUCAAACUUUUAUCAAGCUCACCGCAGAUCUCCACAUCAGUGUUUUUUGCAGUAUUUAAUUCAUGAAUUUGGCAUGAGUGAUGUGGAUUUUAGGCUUUUUAAUUCCUGUCAGCUCUGGAGAAUAAUAAGUUGCAGUGUUUUACCGUUUUAUUUCUUGAUAUAAUGUACUGUAAAAAAAAAAAAAAAAAAAUCUAACACGUGUAGUGACUCUAGGCCCUUUCACUGCAGCCACGGUAGCUACAGUUUGAGUGUUUGGUUAGCAGAUUCAUCGCAACCGUUGGAGUGUUUAUCGCAAACAAACCAAGUCGACGCCAGGUACCAGUUAUCAGCGUUUGAGGCUGGUUUAGUCCCAUUGUUUUGGAAGAGGUGACAGAAAAAAAGAGAGAUGUUAAAACUAGUAUUUAUUUUUAUGAAGAAGCAAAAAUGUUGCACAGGAUCCCGCGGAGGCACAUGGAAACCAGUCCUACGGUCAAAACACUUCAUCGACAGAUCACUGCAUGGGCUGCACCUUCUCUAGACCAUUCCAUUAGAACACAGACAGUAAAAAUGUAACCGUGAAUUCGCCAUACACUGCAAACGCAGUAAAGUGCAAAUACCGGUGUUUACCUUGCAUGCAAAAAGUCACGUGCGUAUUACGUACACCCUGUAGUUUGUGUUCCAGAGACAAAUCACUUCAGCUCAUUAUCUCUUUCACUUGCAGUAUCUUGAUGCUCUGGGCGUCAAUGGCUGCAUCCAAAAUAAU